UUAAACCCUAUACCCUCUCUCCUACAAAAAGUCACUCCAAAGUUCAUCAGCAAGAAUGCGUGAGAUUUUGCACAUUCAAGGAGGUCAAUGUGGAAACCAAAUCGGAGCUAAGUUCUGGGAAGUUAUCUGUGCCGAGCACGGCAUUGAUUCCAGCGGAAGGUAUCAAGGAGACAGUGAUCUUCAAUUGGAGCGACUGAACGUGUACUACAAUGAAGCAAGCUGUGGAAGGUUUGUUCCACGCGCCGUCCUCAUGGAUUUGGAGCCAGGAACUAUGGAUAGUGUCAGAUCUGGACCUUAUGGUCAGAUUUUCAGGCCUGAUAACUUCGUUUUUGGCCAGUCAGGUGCUGGUAACAACUGGGCGAAGGGACAUUAUACUGAGGGAGCGGAGCUUAUCGACUCGGUGCUUGAUGUUGUGAGGAAGGAGGCUGAGAAUUGUGACUGUUUACAAGGUUUCCAGGUUGCUCACUCUUUAGGAGGUGGAACUGGAUCAGGAAUGGGAACACUCCUUAUAUCUAAGAUCAGGGAGGAGUACCCAGAUAGAAUGAUGCUUACUUUCUCUGUGUUCCCUUCCCCCAAAGUUUCAGACACAGUUGUUGAGCCCUAUAAUGCUACUCUUUCUGUUCACCAGCUUGUUGAGAAUGCAGAUGAGUGUAUGGUGUUGGAUAAUGAAGCUCUUUAUGACAUUUGCUUCCGAACUCUCAAACUUACUACUCCAAGCUUUGGGGACCUAAACCAUUUGAUUUCUGCCACCAUGAGUGGUGUAACUUGCUGUCUCCGUUUCCCUGGUCAACUCAACUCUGAUCUCCGCAAGCUUGCUGUUAACCUCAUCCCAUUCCCUCGGUUGCAUUUCUUCAUGGUUGGAUUCGCUCCGCUCACUUCUCGUGGGUCGCAGCAAUAUCGAGCAUUGACUGUUCCUGAGCUAACACAGCAGAUGUGGGAUGCAAAGAAUAUGAUGUGUGCUGCUGAUCCUCGUCAUGGUCGAUAUUUGACUGCUUCAGCUAUGUUCCGUGGAAAGAUGAGCACCAAGGAAGUCGAUGAACAGAUGAUUAAUGUGCAGAACAAGAACUCUUCCUAUUUUGUUGAGUGGAUCCCUAACAAUGUAAAGUCAACAGUCUGUGACAUCCCUCCUACUGGUCUGAAGAUGGCCUCAACUUUCAUUGGUAACUCCACCUCUAUUCAGGAGAUGUUCCGUAGGGUCAGUGAGCAGUUUACAGCUAUGUUCCGAAGAAAGGCUUUCUUGCAUUGGUACACUGGAGAAGGUAUGGAUGAGAUGGAGUUUACUGAGGCUGAAAGCAACAUGAACGAUUUAGUUUCUGAGUACCAGCAAUAUCAAGAUGCAACAGCUGAAGAGGAAGGUUAUGACUAUGAAGAUGAGGAGGAUGAACCACUAGAAUCUUAAUGAGUUCGGGCUGUGGAGAAUUUUGAGUGCAGUUAUAUAGUAGUGAUGUUAAGCUUUCUAUUUUUGUUUUGUGGUUUGGAACUUUGUGCUGUUUGGCUACCUUGGUGGCACAAUUAUUGAUUCCUUUGCAUUU